AUGUACAGCAACUUUCCUACUUUGAAAAAUGAUAACAUUAUAAGAGCUGCAAAAGGUGAGUCAAUUUCUCGCCUACCUGUAUGGAUAAUGCGUCAAGCUGGUCGUUAUUUACCUGAGUUCCGUGAGCUACGUGAAAAACACGAUUUCUUUGAGAUUUGUCGUACUCCAGAACUUGCCUGUACCGUAACUCUCCAACCCAUAAGUCGUUUCGAUCUUGAUGCUGCAAUUAUAUUUUCGGAUAUAUUGGUUAUACCUCAGGCUCUUGGUAUGGAAGUCAAGAUGCAACCUGGUGUCGGACCUAAAUUUACUGAACCUUUACAUUCAGUAAACGACUUAGAUCGGCUAAAUGCUCAAGUUGAUGUACGAAAAGAAUUAAACUAUGUUUAUGAAUCAAUAACUCUAACACGUCAUCGACUAGAUGGAAAGGUCCCAUUGAUCGGUUUUGCUGGUGCUCCUUGGACUCUAAUGUCUUAUAUGAUUGAAGGUGGGAGUUCCAAUACUUAUUCCAAAGCGAAAAAAUGGUUAUACACCGAACCUCAAUCAAGUCAAAGAUUGCUUAGUCUACUUACUCAGAUAGUUGUAGAGCAUUUGAUUCAACAGGUUCUUUCCGGUGCACAGUUACUUCAAGUUUUCGAAUCUCAUGCUGGCUUUCUUAGCCCACACUUGUUUAAUACAUUUUGUUUACCAUAUUUGAAACAAAUUUCGGAUGAAGUACGAAGCCGUCUGUUGAAUGAAUACAAAAUUCCUAGAGAUUCCAUUCCACCGCUCAUCGUAUUUGCUAAAGAUGGCCAUUAUGCUCUUACUGAAUUAUCUAAAGCUGAUUAUGAUGUUAUUAGUCUAGAUUGGACCAUAUCUCCUAGAUUAGCUCGAAAUACUGUUGGUGCUCAUAUCACAUUACAAGGUAAUUUAGAUCCUUGCGCGUUAUAUUCUAAUGAGAAUCAAAUUUCAAGUUUAGUAAAAGAAAUGAUUAAUGAUUUCGGUGUACAUCGUUAUAUUGUCAAUUUGGGUCAUGGUAUUUAUCCCGAUGUUGAUCCGGAUAAAGUAAACAAAUUUGUUGAUUUAGUACAUCACUUAUCAAACACAAUGUUGAACUAA